CUUGGUUUGACCGCUUCUGAAAAUUUUCACGAAUUGUCGAUGUGACGCACCAAUCAGUUUGCUACAGUUUGACCUUCAAGUGCUCGCAACUCCCAUCAGUGGACGAUACCCUAGGAGCGUUGCCUUUGUCGUCCCGUGCUGCAGAUUUCCUCGGGAGGUUUGUCGCAAACGAGACAUCUGCGCACGUCAUCCGUGUGCUAUUUUUUAUAUUAUUCGGUGGGCUGAUUAUUUACCAGACCACAGUUUACACAAUGCCUAGACAUAGUCUAAUUUACCUUCAUCCUAACCUCCCAAGUCUGGGGAAAUUUUGGGGAAUCCCCCAAAGUCAAAUGACCUUCACCAAGGUUUAGGGGAAAUAUCGGGGGAUUUCCUCAGAUUUGAGGAAAUUUUGGGGUUUUUGUACCAUUUACUCGGAAAUUUCUACAGCGGCUUCCUCAAAAUUAAGAGGUUGGGUUUGUGCGGUGAAAAUACCUCAAUCUUCAGUAGUAAACAUAAUAGAUAACCGGAUUUUUUCAAGCUCUUCAACUCAGUACUUCAAUCACUGCACCCCUGCCAUCUCUCAGUAGGUGCAUCUUACCCAAUCCUUAAAGGGAUCACCUGUCAUGUCUAACAAACGCAAAUCCAACACAAAAGAUGAGUCAUCUGAUUCUUCCCUCUCAGAUCUCGAGGAGCCUGUUGUAACUAAAAAGCCUAACAAGUCAAGUGGCUCCACAAAGUCAUCACACGUGACUACUUCAGGUGGAGACCAGCUAAUAGACUUAACUGGGAAAAAGUUCGCGUGCGUAAGAGAGUUCAGAGGAAAAGCGUUUGUCGAUAUAAGGGAGUACUAUGAAGACAAAUCCAGUGGAGAAUUAAAACCUGGAAAGAAAGGAAUUUCCCUUAAUUUGGAACAAUGGGAAUAUUUAAAAAGUUCAAUUGGUGAAUUAGAUGAUGACAUAAGAAAUCUGCGACGAUAACUUUUCAAAAAACCACAGCUUCAAAAUGUUUAUAUUAGCUGUAUUUUUGAUACAUUCCCGAUCACCUUAAUACUAAUAACUAUUGCUUUGUGAAAAGUUGCCAGAAAAAUCCUAUUAUUGAAUUUAAAGAUUGCAUUUUGUUAGUUUUUUUUAAUAAAAAAUACAAUUUAUGGA